UGUACAAAUAUAAGCUUACACGUCGGUAGUUUUAUCAGCAGUAGCGGUUCUAGUCAGUUGGUUGCAACUACAACAAGGUGAAGUUCUCUUUUUCACGAUCAUUGUUAGCGAUUUACCUCGAAGUAACCUUCUUUCUUCCAACUGAGAAUUGACCAAGUAACCUUUUUUCAUCGGGUCUUCGGCGCUAAACGAUCACACUUGGCUCACGAUGACCGCCCUAGUUCUACUGGGUUUCGUUGAACUGGCUUCAUUUUUCGCCGACUCUUCUGCCAGAGAAUUGAAAAUGAUUCAGGUAAUGUUUCGACACGGUGAUCGGGCACCUACGACCGCCGUCAAGGAAAUUUACCCCCUGGAUCCUUACGCGAACGAAACCUGGUAUCCGGAAGGCUGGGGCGGUCUGACAAACGUCGGAAAACGCCGGGCCUAUGAACUUGGCCUCUUUUUGAGAUCGAGGUACGGCGACUGGCUAGGGAAUGAAUACUUGAAUCAAACGAGCCAAUUUCGAAGCAGCAACGUCGACAGAGUGAUCAUGUCCGCUCAACUUUUGGCAGCGGGACUUUAUCCGCCGCACAAAAUUCAAAGGUGGGAUCCGAUGCUGAAUUGGCAGCCGAUACCGGUUCACCUUAUUUCAGACUCGAAAAAUAUUCUCUACAGCCUCAAAUUCACGUGUCCGAAGUACCAAGCGAUGCGAAACGAGCUAGAAAACACGGACGAACAUUUGGUGCGACGGGCCGAAAAUUUGACCGAUUUUUUUCAAUUCUUGAGCAGACACGUCGGCACGAAGGUCGGACAGCAGGAAGCCAGCGAAAUUUACGAACAACUUUACGCGGAGAUGGGCGAACACGUCAAGCUGCCCGAAUGGACUGAGGAAAUAUUUCCAAAUGGCAAACUGAGGGACGUCGCCGGUUACGAUUACGUCAUUCAGUCUUACAACAAGUCGAUGAUCCAGCUGAACGGAGGUCAGUGGAUUCGCGAAUGGUCGGAAAACGUGGAUAAUUAUUUGAACGGUUCGUCGCUGAGCGGAAAUCAAAUUGGAUUUUUUUACGGCGGACACGAAUACAACUUAGCUUCAAUUCUGGCUGCUCUGGGAGUCUUCAAACCGCACGUUCCGUACUACAGCAGCGCCGUGAUAUUCGAGCUUUCCAAAAUCGAUGACGAAUAUUUCGUUAAGGUCAUUUACUUGUUUCGACUUAACGGUUGCAAAAGACUCGAUUCGGGGCAUACUCCUGGUUUCAAAUUCAAGAGUGAAAUGUCGAGUUCAUCACUGCUGAUUGUCAUCUGGCUGACACUAGCCUGCACUCAGUCUUACGCCGAGGAGUUGAAAUUGCUCCAGGUGAUUUUCCGACACGGCGAUCGAACGCCAGUGUACGCGAUGCGGAACAUAUACCCGCUGGAUCCGUACAUCAACGAGACCUGGUAUCCGAACGGUUGGGACAGCCUAACCAAGAGUGGAAAAAUACGGGCUCACCAACUUGGCUUAUUCUUACGCGAGAGGUACGGGAGCUUUCUUGGGGACGUUUACCUCAAGGACAAAUUUGUGUUUCACAGUAGUAAUACGCACAGGGUGAUCCUAACAACCCAGCUCGUAGCUGCCGGACUUUUUCCCCCGACAGAAGUUGAGAGGUGGCAUCCGACUCUUGACUGGCAACCGAUACCCGUUUACUCGGACCCCGUAACAUCGAGUUUUCUCUACAUGUACUCCAAACAAUGUCCCUCGUUCAUUACACUGCGACGUGAGCUGGAAGAAACUGAUGAAAAAUUAGUCCGCCGUGCCCAGGGGUUGAAAGAAACUUUGGACUUUGUAAGUCGUCACGUUGGAGUCCAAGUUACGCAGGAAGAAGUCGCGCUUAUUUACCAAAACUUGUACGCAGAGUUCCAGGAAAACAAGGUAUUACCGCAAUGGACCAACGGCAUAUUUCCAGAUGGAAAAAUGAAGGACAUUGCGUCAUAUGAAUACGUUAUCCAAAACUAUAACAAGUCCCUUAUUCGACUGGGAACAGGUCGUAUGAUCGGGGAGUGGAUGAAGAAUAUUGAUAAUUUUUUGAACGGCACAGAGAGUGGUAAUCCCAAGGCCAUUUUCUACGGAGCACAUGAGCUUAACAUUGGAGGGAUUCUGGUUGUACUCGGAGUAUUUGAGUCGCACAUUCCAUUCUACACUAGCGCAAUUAUCCUCGAGCUUUCCAAAGUCAAUAACGAAUAUUUCGUCAAGUUCUUGUACAGGAACAACGGCGUUCUUCGGGAAUUGUUGAUACCAGGGUGCAGCAGCGCCAAUUGCUCGCUUCAAACAUUCCGUGAAUUGGUUGCUGAUUUUAUUAGUAUCGAUGAUCCUGUGGCCCAAUGCAAAGGAAUUAAGGUCCUAUCAUAAUGCAGCAAUUUGAUCAGUUGCGCAUCGGAAAGUACAAUUGAUUUCACAAAAACAACAUCAGCGUUGUAAUCUCAUUACCUCGUUGAGUUUUCUACACAGUUACGUAAUUCCAUUAUUGCAUCCACGAUCAGUAAUCCACAAUCAUGUGCAACGUAAUCGUUACAAGAUGUUACUCCAAUUAAAAAAAAAAUGAUUAAAAAAAAAAAAAAAAAAAACGAAAAAA